AUGGGUGUCAUCAACCUGACUCGUGGUCGGAGGGACCAUACCGUUGUCGAGGACCUGCGUCCCACCCAGGAGGUCGAGACCAAGAAUGAGGUCAAUGUCGAACCAAACAGGGUCGAUAGUGACCUGAGCAACCUGGCUCGUGCGGAGAAGGAGAUUCAGGAACACCCUGAUGAAAUCACUGCCGGUGCUGCCGCCGGUGUGCGCAAGGCCGAGGCUGUUGCUCUCGUCUGGAGCAAGAAGGCUGUUUAUGCGACCUAUGCCUGGAUCUGGGUCUGCUUCUUCAUGCUAGCAUUGCACUCUGCCAUUGGCAACAACGUUCUUUACUAUGCCUACUCCAACUUCAAGAAUGCCUCGCAAGUCAGUACUGCCAGCAUCCUGGCCAGCAUCGUCGGUGGAGUGCUCAAGCUGCCCGUUGGAAAGAUCUUGACUCUGUGGGGACGCGCUGAGGCUCUGGUGAUCUUCACUGGUGUGUACCUUCUCGGUAUUAUCAUUCUCGCAUCUUGCAACAAUGCCAACAGCUACGCUGCCGGCUACGUUCUGUAUUGGGUUGGAUAUGAUGCGAUCUAUGUCAUUCUGGACAUCUUCAUCGCUGAUACCUCGGGCAUGCGCAACCGUGCAUUCGCCUUUGCCUUUGCCUCCACCCCAUUCAUCUGCACCGCGUUCACUGGUUCGUUGGCCGCUGCCAGUUUCCUGAAGACCGCCAACUGGCGCUGGGCCUACGGCGCCUUUGCCAUUAUCCAGCCCUUUGUGUUCCUGCCUCUGGCAGGUGUCUUUAAGUAUUAUGAGAUCAAGGCUCGCAAGAUGGGCGUGCUGCAGCGUCCCUCAAGUGGCCGGACUAUCAUGCAGUCGAUUGUGCACUACAUACACGAGUUCGACAUUAUUGGAGCCCUCAUCCUUAUGGCGGCCUUCAUCCUCUUCCUCCUGCCGUUCAGCUUGGCCAACUACGGCCGCGCCCAGUACGGGGAAGCCUCUUUCAUCGCCCCCUUGGUCAUUGGUUUCUGUCUAUUCUUCGUCUUUGCUGCGUGGGAGAAGUGGUUCGCUCGCACUCACUUCAUUCCUUACCAGCUCUUCAGAGACCGCACCGUCUUCGGUGCAUGCGCUCUAUCGGCUAUUCUCUACUUCAGCUUCUACUCGUGGGAUCUGUACUACUAUUACUUCGUCAUGGUGGUGUACAACCUCGAUGUGACCAUGACUGGCUACAUGACUUCCAUCUACACCGUCGGCUCCUGCUUCUGGUCGCCGAUCUUUGGUCUCUGGAUCCGCUACGUCAAGGAGUUCAAGUACACCUGUCUCUUCUUCGCUCUGCCCUUGAUGACCCUUGGAGCCGGCCUUAUGAUUCACUUCCGUGGCUCCGAUGGGGACAUUGGAUACGUGAUCAUGUGCCAGAUCUUCAUUUCUUUCGCCGGUGGUAUGAUGGUCAUUGGUGAACAAAUGGCCGUCAUGUGCGCAUCCGAUCGCGAGGGCAUCCCCAUGAUGAUUUCCCUGGUCUCUCUGUUCUCGAACUUGGGAGGUGCUAUCGGCUACGCCGUCGCCGCUGCCAUCUACGCCAAUACCUUCCCCCAGGCACUACGGAAUGCCCUGCCUGAGAGUGCCAAGGACCAGGCGUCGACCAUCUUUGGCGGUGGAUACCUUGUCCAGAUGAAGUACCUUCCAGGUACAGAGAUCCGCGAGGCUAUCAACUACGCUUAUGGCUACAAUCAGAAGUAUGGAUGUAUUUCCGCGACCGCUGUUCUCGUACUUGCGAUCCCUGCUAUCGGUAUGUGGAAACACUACCGUGUUGACAAGGAGCAAAACAAGGGUACUGUGCUCUAA